AUGGGGCAUGGGGCGGUGCGGGCGUUGCGGGCAGCCCUGGCCCUGGGGCUACUGGCCGCGGCUCGGCCCGGCCCGGGACCUCGGCAGCGGCGGCAAGCGGAGCUGUUCCUGGAGAAAUACGGAUACUUGGGACAUCUGGGACCCGGCACCCACAGCCCUGCCGAGUUCAGGGAGGCAGUGAGGAAUUUCCAGCGGGUGACCCACCUCCCCCCCAGCGGGCUCCUGGAUGCUCCCACACUCCAUCAGAUGGCUCUGCCCCGCUGUGGGACGGGGGAUGGGAAGAGCCGGGAUUCUGCCUCCCCGCGCCACCGGCGCAACACCCAGCACGGUGGGAGGUGGUACAAGAGGCACCUGAGCUACCGGGUGGUGAACUGUCCCUCCUACCUGCCCCAGCACGAGGUCCGUCUGGCUGUCAGAGCUGCUUUCCAGCUCUGGAGCAACGUGUCCUCUCUGGUGUUCUGGGAGGUGCAGGAUGGCCCAGCUGACAUCCGUUUGACUUUCUUCCACGGGGAUCACAACGAUGGACUCAACAAUGCCUUUGAUGGACCAGGAGGUGCUCUGGCCCAUGCCUUCUUCCCCCGGAGAGGAGAAGCCCACUUUGACAGCGCCGAGCGCUGGUCCCUGCGCAGCGGCAAAGGGCGCAACCUCUUUGUCGUGGUGGCACACGAGGUUGGGCACACCCUGGGGCUGGAACACUCCCCUGUCAAGAGUGCCCUGAUGUCUCCCUACUACAAGAAGCUCAGCAAGGAUUUUGUCCUCAGCUGGGAUGACAUCUUGGCUGUCCAGAACUUGUACGGAAAGCCUUCCACAGGCUCAGCCAUCCAGCUGCCAGGAAAGGUCUUCACUCACUUCCAGGACUGGAAUAUGGACCUUUACAGCAAGGACCACAAACGGAGGAGCCUCAGCUCCUAUUACUGCCACUCCUUCUUUGAUGCCAUAACUGCUGACGCGGAUCACAACCUCUACAUCUUCAAGGGCUCUCACUUCUGGGUGGUGCCUCCGAGCGGCAACGCCAGCGACCCCCGGGCCCUGCAGAGCCGCUGGCCCGGGCUCCCCGCGGGCAUCGACGCCUGUGCCUGGUCCCAGCUCAGCCACAAGUUCUACUUCUUCAAAGGUGGGCGAUGCUGGUGCUACAGGGGCUCCACCUUGGAGCCAGGGUUCCCCCAGAAAUGCAGCACCCGUGGGCUCCCCCGGCACCCCGACACCGCGCUCUACUUCCAGCAGCUCCGGCGCCUGAUCCUCUUCAAAGGAGCCAAAUACCUGGUGGUGAAGGAGGAGACCCUGGAUGUGGAACCCUACUACCCCCGCAGCCUGAGGGACUGGCAGGGUUUGCCCCCUGGCACGAUGGGGGCUGUCACCCACCCCGAUGGCUUUGUCUACUUCUUUCGGGAUGAUCAGUACUGGCAAUUCGACCAGGGGAAGCUGCAAGUGGUGGCCAGUGGCAAGUGGGCCACUCAACUGCCCUGGAUGGGCUGCUGGGAUGCAAACAGUGAGCAGGUCAUCUUCUGAGCUUGGAUCCCUUUUUUGGUUGACUCGGGAUUCUUGUCCUGGGAUGAUUUGGCAAGGACCAGCAUGUUGGAGCUGGAUGCCACGGCAUGGUGGUGGAGCAGGGAUGCUGCUGGGAUGAGACAAUCACCAUCUCCCGUGGGACUGCCACAGCCAGGUGGGCUGGAAGCUCUGAGAAACAAUAUUUUUAAAAAGGAACAAACACAAGAAAAUGUUGGAAGCCAUGGGGAAUGCAAACAGCCCCCUUCCUGGGCAAGACAGGGUUACAUGGUUCUUUCAGACUGGGGCUGGAGUUUGUUGUACUUAAGCUGUUGUUUUCCUACAGCUGGGCAAGGAGGUGGCUUCUGCUUUGGAGCUAGGGUGGCUUGGGGUUGUUUCCUGGUUAAAACCAAAAGAAAAGAGCUAUUUGGGCAAAAAUAAGGGUCUGUGUUGAGUUUCACCAUGUGCUCAGAGCCUCCUGCUAUGCCCCUUCCCUUGCCUUGAGGGGUCAGAACCUCGAGGAGGAAAUCCCAACCCUCAGGUGAGGCACCAGCUGGAGACACCAACCCUGGAGGGAUUUGGGGGGGAUUUUUUGGGCAGCAAACCCUCUUUGGGUUCAGAGGAGGGGGUUACAGCAGAACUGCUGCCCCUGUCACUGUGGAGCUCGAGCUCUCUAAUGUGUUUGGGAGGACUGGGUGGAUUCUCUGGUGUCUGGUAGGGGUUGUGCUCACCUGGCAGCCUUUCUCAUGUGCAGGGAAAGUGUUUGUGCUCUGCUCUGUCUGCAAGAUCUCAAUGAGUUUUUGAGUCCCCUCUGCCACAAUUGGUUGAACAAGGGUGACAAAUCCCUGGGGGAGGCAGGGAAGAGGAGAGGGUGAGCAGGACAGACAGAAAUGUCCUUGCAGGCUCAGGAGGACGGCUCAGCUGUGUAUUCCUCAUUCCUUUCCCAAAGCAGCUCCCCACCUGGAAAUACUGCUGGCUUCUGGGCACCCAGACACCCCUCACAUCUGCAAAGAGCCAUCAGUCACCUCCUGCAACCUGGGGGACAGAGUCAGGGCCCCCAGCCUUGAGCUUGGGUGGCAGCAAAUGCCAGCAGCCCUUGGGCCAGGGCUCAGCCUCCUGAAAAUGAUCUUUGGUUGAGAGAAAUGAGGAUUUUCCCCACACUGGGCUUGUCCAUGGGUGAGCUGCUGCUUCUCUGAUGGUCUCCCAGGACUCAGCCCCCAGUGAUGGGUGCCCUGCUUCAGGUGGGUGGCUUCAGCAUGGGUCUGUGGGUGGUCCUGCCAUGCUCAGAACCAACACGAGUGGCUCUGUCCACUUUUUGUGGUAUUUGUGAGCAAGCCCUUGCUGGGCAGACAUGGCCCUGGUGCCUUCAUCUGCUCAGUUUAAAACCUCAGGGGAUUUUCAAUGUUGCCAAAGAAAUGGGGCUGUGCCAUUUUGAUUUUGCAUUGGAGGGGAUAAGGAGGUGACGUUGCUUCCAGGGAGUCCCAAGGGCUUGGAGAUUUGAUGGCAAA